CCGUGGAGACGCGGCGGCGGCGGGGCUCAUGGUGGGCGGGCGUCGGUCGCUGCGCUGCAGCGGCUCCUCCUGCUCCCGCAGGUCGACGGCGGCGGGGCAGGCGCCCCGGGUGCCUGAGGAGAAGCUGGACGAGGUCGACGCGGCGCUACGGGAGGCUCGGCUGGCGGCCACCGAGGCGUCCCGGGCCGAGAACCGCGAAGCCACCCGCGACGCGCAGCUGCUGUGGCCGCAGCAGGACGCGGAGAGGGAGGCGGCGGCCGUGACGGCCUUCCUCACGAAGCAAGGCCAGGAGAAGGCGGAGGAGAUUGAGAAACUGAAGCAGGAGCUGAUUGAUUUGAAACAGCAAGCGCAAGAAGAGAAGAAGAAGCUGGCAGACUAUUAUGCCCAACAAAUAAAAGAACUGGAAGAGAAAUUUCAGAAAAAAGUUGGAGAAAUUGGCCAAAUUCAAUUAGAACUGAAAUUAAUAAAGGAGUUCCACAGGGAGAAAGCAGCUAUGGAGAAAGAACUGGAAGAUUUAAAAGAGAGUAUGGAGAUUUCAAACAGGAGACAUCAGGAAGUGAUUGUGAGAUUGGAGAAUAGGUUUCUUGAAGAAAAGAAAAGACCAGAAGAAGAUGUUGAGAAAAAGCAAAAAAUUAUGACAGAGACCACCCAGCAUGAGGCUGUUGUGCAGCUGAACAGUACUGGGAGAGAAGUGUUUAGGGAGAAUGUUCGUCUUCACGAUGCAUUUGCUUACCAACUGAAAGAAACAAUGGAAUUGCAGAAAAUCAAACAGAAGUUAGAAGAGGACAAAACUCUUCUCUUACAGGAGAAGGAAACCAAUGAGGGUUUAAUUCGAAAAAAGAUCCUGCAGAUCAAUCACCAGAAAGCACAGAUUGGAGAGCUGCAGCGUAAAGUGGAAAAACUGGAGAUGGCCUUAUGUCGCAUGACCAGAGAAUCUGUGCAGAAAAAACAGCAUCAGGCACUGAUAGAAAACCAGGCAAGCUUGGUGGAGAUGAAGAAACUGCAACAACUACUAGAAAUGAAGGAUCGGGAGAUGAACCGAGUGAAGAAACUAGCCUGGAAUAUCUUAAAUGAGAGGACUGAGGUGGAAAGGUUCUUCCUAGAUGCUCUGGAACAUGUGAAGAAGGAGAUCAUAUCCAGUAGAAAGCACUAUAAGAAAAAAGCCCAAAUUGCCUAUUACAGAAAAAUGAUGGAGGCAUGUGCAGGGAGGGAAGAAUUUCCCAAAAUCAAAACAUUCAAAAGCAACAUAAACAGCACAAAUAGUGUGUACAGAGACCUAGAGGAAGCAGAGAAAUGCUAUUGGGAGAAAAUCCAGUUUGAAAAAGUGGAUAUCAGUGAGCUGACAUGGGAACAAAAAGAACGUGUUCUGCGAUUGCUUUUUGCCAAAAUGAAUGGCACGAAUCCGUGGUAAUACUCUGUUUCUUCAGCAGGUGAAUGCUGAGCUUUCCCUGUUACAGGAGCUGGGCUGAUAACUCCAGGUCAGGGGAUUCCAAGAAACUCUGAAUCUAACGUAAGAAUCUAGCUAACUGUGUGGCUUGGUGUGAGAUACUUUCACCUUUUGAAAAAGGUGAUUUAACCUUUUGAAAAAGUUGAUAUGCCAUAUACUAAUUUUGGACACGCACCAGACCAUACUAUUAGAUCUCUGUGUGUAGUAUCAAAAGAAAAACAAGUGGAAGUAAAUUUUGGUAGUGCUGAGGAAGGCAGAGAAUUAACUUUGCUCAGUGCAGUGGGAUUAAUUUUGUUCAAUCAUUAAGGAAUCCCUAUCCAUCUUUACCAAACAAGUAAAUAACACAUACUGUGACAGUAGCACUCCCCACGUAUAUUUCCUUUUAAUAAGAGCAUCAUAAAGCAAUCUGCCCAGUAUUAAAAAGUACAAAUAUCCACAGCCAGAUUAUUAAAAGUGUACUUACUUACCCUAUGGCUUAUUGCUGUCUGCAUAAGAAACUUGGGAGCAUGACUUUAGAGAUACCUAAAAUAUGGCUUACACUGGAAAUUCAAAGUUCAAACAGCAUUAAGUAUAUUAUAAGCUGUGAACUGGGGCAUAAGAGGGCCCAAAGAGAAAUCUAAAAUGCUAUGAUUUUUAAUGUAGUUUGGGGAAACCUAAUGCUUAGGGUAGAACAUCACCUUCUCUGUGUUAAGACACCUUAUUGGAUUUUUUUUAAAAAUUAAAUUUUGUGAGCAAAAGUUACAGGACUGAAAUUUUAGCAAAUUUUGUUAAGAGUUAUUACAGUAGAGUAUGAAAGCUUGAGGAAUGGAAUACAAACACUUCAUUUUAAGUUGACAUGAUUAAACCCAGGUUUUUUAAAAAAAUGUUUUGAUUUGUUUCUCCUCAUUCCCCUUUAAUUGUAAUGAUUUUGCCACAAAGUAUGGAAUUCCACAGUGAACUGAACUCAGGUUUGA